UUCCCUUUACUUUUUUUUUUUUUUCCUUGUCUGGGUUUCCAAAUUAUUCUGUUUCCUCUUUUCAGUCAACAAAUGAUAUGUGAUAUGUCCAUAUGCUAUCAUUUCUUUUUUUUUUUUACUCUUCUUUAUUCUUUUUUAUAUCUAAACUUUAUACUUUCUCCGUCCUAAAAAAUUACGUAUUACGGAAAUGAUAGAAGUGUUUCAGUUAUUUUAAGCUAUUACGAAAAUAAAAAAGUGUUCAGAUUAUUUUAGAAUGGAAGUAGUAUAUUUUUUCUACACUUUAACCUCCCCACUCUGUGUUCCCUACUUCUGAAGUGCUAAAAUCUGCAAUUCCACCUUUUUUUGUUGCAAUAAGAAUAUCCAACAAGCAAAUGACAGAUCUUCUCCUCUUCAUCAUGAAUCACUGAGGUGACCAUUCCAUGCAUUUUGUACUACUAUAAUCUUCAAUUUCACUCACACUGUAAUUUUACAGCUAUGGCUGCUCACCAGGAAGAGGGUUGGCCUCUGGGUUUGCAGCCAUUGAAUGUGAGAAUUGGAUUAGGAAGAACACGAGAUUUUUUUGGUUCAAUGUCAUUUAAUACUACAAUGCUUACUGGUUCACCAACUUCUUCUACAGAUUCUUCAUCUGAUUUAGACACAGAGUCUACAGGUUCUUUCUUCCAUGACAGAAGCAUCACACUAGGAAGCCUUAUAGGAGUUUCUAGCAUUUUAGAACUUUCUAGAAGAUCGAUUAGGGGAAGAAGAGCUGAACCACUCAAAGUCAAAAAGCCUUGCAAGGCUAAACCAUGGAUAUUUUCGCUUUGCUCGAGGGACAGUAUUGAUGUCAAGAGUACUACACACAACACCCCAUCCCUUGGCCAAUUUCUUGCAGUAGAAAGGAGGGCUGCUAAUAACGACCAGAGGAGAAACCAGAGCCCCAAUGAUUAUGUACCAGAUGAAAUUUCUCUAGCACAGCCCAUUCCUCAGCCCAAUUCAUUGUUCGUAGAUGGUCGUGUUGCCCCUCCUCAAUCAAGCUCGUUGUCUGGUUUUGAAACUGAGAGUGGGCAAAGUGAAGGAAACGAUCAAGGAAACAAUAAUGGGCAUGGAGUUCCAGUACUAUUUUCAUGCAUGUGCGGGAAGGAUGAUAUUAAUUGAGUGAGCAUACUGGUGUGCAUGCAUUAUGUAUACUUAAUCUUUUUGUUGAUUGUGAUCCAUAGUUUUGUGUUCCAAUAUUUGAUGCAAUUUUAUUAGCAGGGACCAUGGAUAAGUUGCUUUUAGAAAGAUGGGAAUGUUGUAGAGGUGGGUACAUCUGGUAUUCUUAUAUGCAGUAGUUUCCUCGUCUAUUGUUCAUUCUGUCCCACUCCAUAGUGAUUAGCAAAUGUGCUUGUGUAUGAAGAUUGUUCAUUUGUUCUUUCUCCA